GUGCUUUCAUGCUGUGCGCACCAGCUGUGGCGCGGUGUGUGGGAGAGUGGCUAGACAAAGUGCAUUGUGACGAAAGAUUGUUUGUCAAUUAUUUUCGCCGCUAUUCUUCUUUGACAAGCCUUGAUGCCACGCCCAGCCGGGGAACACUGCACACUACUUCAGCACGGGACCACACCCACUUGCAGCUGUCAGGGAGGGAAAGGUGGUGACACUCGCCUUCAGGUUCCCAAUAUUUAAACAUCAUGAUUUUUGACAACCUCUAUGGGGACUCCCUCAGCUCGGUGAGCCAAGCAGUACAAAGUGAAAACCUCCAGCUGCUGCAGGAGCUGUUACAAAAUGGCCAGUCCACUAACUUACGAGACAACCGUGGGUGGACUCCUCUUCACGUUGCAGCAUCCGAGGGCUAUGUGGAGGGUGUGCGCCAGCUACUCACUGCAGAUGAUAUUGAAGUUGAAAGUUUAUCUCAUUGUGGUGUGACACCUCUGUUUUUGGCAUGCUCUAGCAAGACUGAGUCCCACAAGAAGGUGGUGGAUCUGCUGCUGAGUGCUGGGGCUGAUCCCAAUAUGACUAAAGGGGACAGUUGGAAUGUACCAUUACAUGCAGCAACAGAGAACAAUAGUGUGGAGAUUGUGAAGGCAUUGCUUGAUGGUGGUGCUGACCCAAACAUAAUUGCCUACAAGAAUGCAACAGCUCUCCAUUCUGCUGCAGAAGUGGGAGCCUUGGAGGUGGCACAGAUUCUCUUAGAAAAAGGUGCAACACUCAAUAACAGCCAUGACACAAGUGAGCUCACAGCCCUUCACUGCCUCUGCUUCAACUACAGCCAAAACUGUGAGGGUGUCUACAGGAACAUGCUGGACCUCUUCCUCUCCUACAAUUGUGAUUUUGAUGCACGGAUGAAUGAUGGUACAACACCCCUGAUGUUAGCAGUGCAGAAUUGCUGGGACUGGGGGGUGGAGCGGCUGCUGGAUGAAGGAGCGGAUGUUAAUGUUGUGAAGUUGGAUAACGUACUGGCGCUUCAUUUUGCCAUUCAGUUUUGUGGUGGUUCAUCAUCUGAAAGCACAUUUAAAGAUGAGGAAGAAGAUACGUCUGUCCUUAAGAAGAUCUUGAGUCUCACACACCGUCCCAAAAUUCCUCGGCAAGGAUACAGCGUCUUCCAUUUGGCCAUCCAGUGGAAGAGAUACAAGGGCCUUCGCAUUCUGAUAGAUGAUCAUCUUCAUCCUGAUGAGUUCCUCCAAGAAAUGGAUAGUGCCAUUAUUGAUUGUGAUGAGAGUUGUGUGGUGCCUCUUAUUGUGGAAAUCAACACGUCCCUUGACACUCCAUUGGGAUUUCUCCUCUUCCAAUCUCUUACCCGAGAAGUUGUUGAUGCAGCAAAGUACAUGAUUGACAAAGGCAGCUGCAUCAAUGCUCUCAAGCCUGGUGUGCUCCCUCCCCUGGUGGCAGCACUAAAGAACCGCCACCCGGGGACCUAUGAAGCAGGUGGUCUGGGCCAGGAGAUCCUUCAGUACCUGCUGGACCGAGGGGUUGACAUUAUGUACAAAACAAGGGAGAAGGACCUGCUUCCUGCUGCCCUCAAUGUGUCCUCACUCUUCAAUGUGGUUGGCUUCUUCCGGUUGCUGCAACAUGGAGUUCCUGCUCAUCGUGUCUACACCCCCAGAAUCCUUCAUGGCCUCCUUCAUCACUAUCAGGAUCUGCCAUUAUACAAGGCUUACAAAACAUUUCCCUGGCUGGUGGUGUCCUGGAUACGCACUACAAACCUGUUCAUCCCACAGUUGUCUAUUGGUACCAUCGAGAUUUUCAACACGGACUGGAAUGUGUCAGAUGAAAACCUCACACAAGCUUGGCAGAAGCUGGAGACACUCAUUGCAACUCCAAAAAGUCUCCAGCAGUUGUGUGUGCUGAAGGUGCGCUGUGUACUGGGUGAGGAGAGAGGUUGGGAGAACCUGCAGGACUCCUUGAAAAAGCUACAUACACACACAAUGAUGCCAGAUCCCAUUCUUGAUUUGCUGCAUUUCAGAUGGGUGAAGACAAUCACAUUACAACUUACUCCUCCAGUCAGCUCCAGGCACCUUUAUGUAACUACGAAGUCAUCACAGAGUAGUAGUGAUGAAGAACUCUAAACACUACUGUCAAGAGAUUAGAAGAACAGGGCAUGUAAAAGAACUUCUACUUUGGACCUUCUAAAUUUCCCAGCAGCCCACUGAGGCAGCACCCACAAUGCAAUGCCUUCCACCAGGACUCGUCCCUGUAAAAAUUGAUCCACCUGUGAAAGUGUGUGCAGUGUUGGUGAUGAGGCAAGCAGUGACUGGCUCAGCAUUCCUCAAAGUAUGGGGAUUUGCUGCUCCUGCACCACUUCCUAUGCUUUCCUGCAACAAACCUUUGGGUCCAUCAUGAAGGAAAAAACCGUUAUGUUGGUGACGCGGCUGCCACCUGCUGAGACUAACAUGCAACCUUUACCGGGGCCGGAGUUGUGACAAGCCAGCGCCACAGAGCGAAGGACGGACUGAUCGUUGUGAUGAGCGGCUGAUCCGAGUGAGGCGCAAAGUGACGUGACGCUGCCGUGUGUAGGUGCUGCCACUACUGAAGGGAGAACCAAACAAGCGCAUCCUGCGAACAAUCCCCGUCCUGCUGCUGGAAACUGGUUCUUGUCCAAACCAACUUAUCCUGCCAACACUCCUCCAUCCUGCUGCUGGAAACGCUUGUCCAAACCAACGCGUCCCUGCAAAGUUCCCGUCCUUCAGCAGGAAAAUGCCUCGUGUGGCACCUUGGUGUUAGAUGCCAUCUAAUCUGUUAUUUUGUUGAGUUCAACUGAUGACAUCAAGAACUACGUGUUGCCAGGCAAGAAUGGAGGACGGACAGGUUUACUCACCACUGUCCUGCCAUCCACAGAGCGAGGCUGGAAGUUUUGUCUUCCACAUUUACUGUCCAUGUUUGGCAUAAAGAAUACUUGUAAAUUUAUCUAUCUUGUUUAUUUUUUAACCUUCCACUUUCACUUGUAAUAUUUUACCAUUUAUCUAUCUAAUCUAAUACGUGCUGCCAAUCUGUAUUUGUCCUGUAAACGUAUCUGUAUGACUGGUGUCGGUGAAUAAAUUGUCAGGAAGAACCAA